AUGGCGUGGUCCAAGUCAUCGCGGAUUAUCACCAUGGUGUGGCUCCGAGCUGAGAUUCUAGGUGCCUUUUUCAACGCCGUUUUCUUGAUCGCCCUGUGCGUUUCUAUCGUCCUCGAAGCCGUUACGCGAUUCUUCGACCCUCCGGAAAUCAACAACCCGAAGGUUAUGCUCAUAGUCGGCGCUUUCGGCCUUGCCUCGAAUCUCGUUGGAUUUGCUAUCCUGGGUGGUCAUGGUCACGAUCAUGGUGGCCACGACCACGACCACAUCCAUGAGGGCGCGCAUGGUGCCGAGGACGAGCAGCGCCUUGCAGAGGAGGGCCGAGGAGAGGGCGAGAUACUGGAGACCGACGCCGAGAUCGCCGGCCAGGGCGGUAGUGCUGUCGAUGUCCUUCCACAUGUUGCGAUUGCCAGAGCCUCGUCUCUGCCGCGUCAGCCUACUGGUGGGAUGGAGAACGCUGCGGAAGAUCGCCCGAGCGUAGCUAUCAGGGGUCGGGCCCGCCGUAGGGCUGGCAGCGCCCACCACCAUCGGCUCGCUAGUAUCGACGACCUGAGCAUCUAUCCGUCAAGCUUCCGACAGGAAAUUAUCGCCGCCUCGCGAUCGCAACCUACGUACAAUGACGUCUCUUCCUCCUCGUCCUCCGAAGAUAACGGUGGUGCAGAUGAGCGCACUGCUCUGCUCAGUGACGCGGACCUACCUGCCCUCGAACCCAUCCGAUUUAAGCCUACCGCUGGAAGAGCGCGAAGGGGUUCCGUAACUCACAUUCACCAUCACCAUAGCAAGCCGAAGAAGGACAAGCCGCACGGCGGCCUUGGUCAUAGUCACGGUGAUAUGGGGAUGCACGCCAUGAUUCUUCAUGUCCUCGGAGAUGCCUUGGGCAAUGUUGGCGUCAUCAUCACGGCUCUCGUCAUUUGGCUCACCGACUGGAAGUAUAAGCUGUACACCGAUCCUUUCGUCUCUCUGUUCAUCACUGUCAUCAUCCUGCGAUCCGCGCUUCCCUUGACGUUUGCGACGUCCAAGAUUCUCCUCCAGGCCACUCCCGAUUACAUCGACAUUAACGAAUUGCGCGACGAUAUCCAGAAUUUGCCAGGCGUUCUGAGCUGCCACCACAUCCACGUUUGGCAACUGUCCGAUACCAAGAUCGUUGCGUCGAUGCAUAUGCAAGUGUCUUUCCCCAUCUCCGAAGAGGGUGGCGAAAAGUACAUGCAACUCGCCAAGCGUGCGAGAAAGUGCCUCCACGCGUACGGCAUCCACAGCGCCACCAUUCAGCCCGAGUUCUGCCCCGACAAGUCUCAGCACCGCGAAUUUGUGAGUCUCGAGGACGCCCGGGCGCACACUCUGGACGGAUCGGGCGGCGACGGGACCGUGAGUCCUACAUCCUCCCCGAAUCAACAAGUGCCUAUGUGCCUGCUUGAAUGCGUCGACGACUGCGAUCAAGAAGGCUGCUGUAGUGUACUGAGCACUUCCACGACGAGCCAUUCAGCUGCGAACAACCAUGGACACAAUCACUAG